CGCUGUUGUGCGGAGUUAGUUCCGCUUUUUAUACGUUCCUCCCCCCAAAAAAGCAUGCACGACAAGUUCUUUGUAGGAAGCCAUUGUGCGAUUGUAAAGAUGGAAAGAAAAAAAAAAACAAAACAGAGAAGUCUCGUCUGGAAGAAAGUUUCACACACCGUCUGUGCUCGCGGUUCACAUUCGCCAGUGUAGAAAUGUUUUAUUAAUGGAUUUAUAAAACAAAUCGAUGACUGUCCUUCGUAUACAUCUUAACGUGAAGUUCGAACUCAUGGAUUUUGAGAAGGAGCUGAGUGACCGUGAAUGUGAACAGACCACAGCAAGAGCAGUUCCAUGGGUGAAGACCUCCAAGAGACGACGUUAUUCCGUCUUUGUGUUGAGUGAACUGGAGGAGUCUGAAAGGGUCGGGCGUGUUUGCCGAGCUCUGAAAUGUAAACCGAAGCUGGCUCACUGGUCUAAUGACACGGACCUCACCGCUGACUCGAUCGUCAAAGAUGCCAAAGAAGUUUCCGAUAAAAAGCACGUUGGCAAAACCUGCGGUGCGGAACGUACCCGCAGAACCGAACGUAAACUACACACGGAAGAUCAGAAGAUCUACGGGAAAGGCUAUAGAUCCAGGAGCAGAUUAGCGGAAAAUGAAAAGAACCGUGGCUGUGAAGGAGAGGCGCAGGCGUCCUCGGAUCGGACGGAUUUAAAUCCCAAGCGUUCGCGACUGGAAAGUCGCAAAACGCAAUUUCGCCAGGGCGGAAAGUACGCGUGUCAACUCUGCGGCGUGGAAUACGUCCGCAAAACCAACCUCGUCAGUCACAUGAGGAUCCACACGGGUGAGACGCCGUACACGUGUAAGAUCUGCGGAAAGGGCUUCAGACGCAGUGACUGGUUAGCCAAGCACAUGCAUAUGCACAGAGACAAAAGAGAGGCGUCUACAGAUCGCAGGAAACAGCGGUACACUUGCGAUCUUUGUGAGAAGACGUACCAAAACAGAGAUUCUUACAAAAAACAUUUGCGCGGACACACCGGCGAGAGACCUUACCAGUGUGCUAUAUGCGAGAAGCGUUUCUUAGACGUCGGCGGCCUUAAUACGCAUUUAAGGAUCCACUGGGAUGACCGGCCGUACACGUGCUCUGAAUGCGGACACGGCUUCAAGCGCUCGGGAACGCUCGAUAAGCACAAGCGCAUCCACACCGGAGAAAAACCCUAUUCGUGUAGCAUCUGCGGGAAAAAGCUUCGCUACAAAUACAGCCUGUCGAUGCAUAUGAAAAGUUCCUGCUGUCAGCGCUCGAGAUGCUAAAGCUACGUUAUUUGACUCCUCAUACAGCAU